AUGAAACAAAUAGGAGGAAAUAGAUCUAAUGGCAAAAACAAACCAGACGGUCCAAGUAAAACACAAGAAUGCCUAAAAAUUCUCGAUGAUUUGCUUAAAACUGAUGAAACCGAACUCCCUUCCGAAAUUUACGAAAAGCGAAAACUUUUAGAAAAAUGUGCAACAUGGAAUGAUCAGUCGGCAGGACGAAUUGAUAUAUUUGUAAAGUUUAUCGAAUUAUAUACGAAACAAGCUGUCAUUCAAGAUCCAGCAAUUGAUAGAAAAGAGAAUUACACAUCCAUUUUCUUUAGGAGAGGAAAGUUAGUAUAUGACACAGAUCUGGAAGAUUUCUUCAUGCGAAUUAUCCUUAAGAUGGUUCAAAUUGACAAAGAAAAAUUCAUACAAUUCUUGGAUUGUAUAUCUUGCAGUAAUAUAUUCCAGGCAAGAACUACUUUGGAAACAAUAAAAAAAUCUUUGGAUAUCUUCGAGAAAAAGCUCAAGAUGGAGACUGAGCUACCUGAUAUGCUCAAAGCAUUGAAAACUAAAAUUGAAGGUUUCAUUGAGUCAAGUGAAAACGAGAAGGACUCAUUACAAGAUUUCUCAAUUUAUCCUACAAGCGAUAACUUUUUCGGGUCAAAUCCUAAAGUUCACAACAAAGCAUACGAUGGAUUUGACUCCAGUGAAGAGCAAGUGAACUGUUUAGUCAAGUUAGAGCAGCUUGAUUUUGUUUAUGAUAUCAAGAAAGCUUUGCAAAAGUAUUUUACAGACAAAUUGGAUGUAAGAGAUAUUUUCCUUUACCAUAAUGUAUGCAUGAUCCCUUAUUCUUUUCAUGAUCCAGAAUCAAUCAUGAAAUAUGAAAUGUUUCUCCAUUUUGAAGUAUUUGCAUGUCCAUAUUGGAAUAUAGUACUCAUUAAUGAUAAGUUAACGAAGCGUUUGGCUUUUGAAAGUUUGUUAUUCUUAUCAUCGACUCCGCAAUUUCACCAUAUUGAUGCAAUCUGCUAUUCAAGGAUGCCCAGCAAGAUACAGAAAAACUCUUCAAAGGAAUUCAUCGAACUAUUUUGA